CCUAUUUUAAUUCUCAGUCCAGACCUGGGGGCCAGUCUGUACUCUCUCCCCAGUGAUUGGUAGAUAGAAAUUUUCUGGGAAUUUUAGAUUGCGUUCCUCCAGUCACAGACGUAUUGAUCUUUGACUUUGUUUAUUUUUUGUGUUAUUUGGCCUUUUGUCACUCUCCCGCUCUCUCCCUCUCCCUCUCUCACUCUUCAGUGUGCAUAACUGUUCAUCCCCCCUAAAGUCAGUAUUUGUAGAUUCACCUUAUGCAGCAAUUCCUGUAAGUGGAUUGUUAUUGAGGGGAAUAACGGGAACACCCAGUGACUUUCACUUUCUAUAGUGAAUAUAUAAAUAUAGAGGCAGAACAGUCACUUCCCCAAAGCUCCAGACUCAGCUCCAUCUGACAAGCUGUUACUUCAGUCUCCUCCCUGGGAUCUCUCUGGACUGAUCCAUUCCAGCAGGGGCCCCACAGUCUCCAAUCAACUGUCCUGUCUCUUAGAAGGAACCACUGAAGAGCCAGAAGUCAAGACUCCAAUACAAUGGGGGGCAACUGGGUGAAGAUAGAAAUAAAAAAUGAAACCCCUUAUCCCAUUUCCUACGUUUGCUCCUAUCAAGCUUCAUGGAAAACUGUACAGAAGCAUGGGAUUCUCUGUGCAGGACAGAUGGUACAGGUUGACCAAUAUGCCCAGGAGAGUAACAUCUUCGUGAAACAAGGGGACAGAACAUCAGACGAGUGCCUCUAUCACUAUGACUUGUUUUGGCGGUACAAUGGGUUACACUUUCGAACCAUCACAAUCCGGGAAAAAAGCAGUGACAAAUCAGAGCUGGAGCUGAUCGGUGAUAGUAGAAACGAAAUACUUACCUGCCCCAAUUAUGGGAAACAAGAAAAAGACGAGGAAGAGACUGAGAAUAAGAGACUGAAAGAGAAUCUCUCAAAAAUACUGGAGUCUUUAACCAGAAUGAGAAAAGAGAGUCACCGCCAAGUGGAGUACAAUGAGGUUGUGGAGAAGAAGUUCUACCAGAUACUGAAAGAUAAUUUUCUGCAAGAUAAGGAGCGAAGCACGAGAACCAUUGCGGAGAUAAUCCAAAAUAUGCGCCUGCAGAUAAUGCUCAAGUACAUUGAGGAGAAACAACUGUCUGUCGAUUGCCUGAAAAACUGGGAUGAUCUUGUUGGGUUUAAGAACCUUUCACUUAGAGAUGAAUUGUCAGUGUUAGAAGCAAUGAUUGGUGUUGCCCUCAACCCAAAUAAUUCACAGAUUUUAGUGAAAAAUAAGAAUAAGGAUGAUAGGGUUAAUUAUAGUGUCAGUAUCCUGAGUAAACUCUUCACAAUUAACAAAGAACUGGCUUCAAAUGGUCUGACGCACAUUGAGAAGUCAACUGGGAAAGGAUUGUUAUCUGGAAUUGACUGUUGUGAGUAAGAGCAGUGCCUACAAGCUUUCAGCUUUUCAAACAUUUAGGUUCUACAUACAAGUAAAUGACAUCUCAUAAGUUUAUUCUAUCUAUCUAUGUAUCUAUCUAUCUAUCUAUCUAUGUAUCUAUCUAUCUAUCUAUCUAUCUAUCUAUCUAU